CGAAGAUCUUUCUCUUUGUCCGACGUCACGGGGUUCACUCGAGUGCACGGAGAGAAUUCGAGAUCGAUUACGUGUGACCUCGCCGACUUUGCGCGUUGAAUAUUCAUUUUAUUUCGUGUUUCCCUUAAUAAAAAAUUCCGCAACCCUGUCUAGAUCUCUCAAAAUGGUGAAGAUGGAACAUGACGAUGGCAAAAAUGAGCCAGAACACGUGAGAAAGUUGUUCAUUGGUGGCUUGGAUUAUAGAACAACAGAUGAUUCUCUUAAAAAGCACUUUGAGCAAUGGGGAGAAAUUGUUGAUGUUGUUGUGAUGAAAGAUCCCAAAACUAAACGUUCCAGAGGUUUUGGUUUUAUUACUUACUCCCGUGCUCACAUGGUAGAUGAUGCCCAAAAUGCUAGACCACACAGAGUGGAUGGUAGAGUAGUAGAGCCCAAGAGAGCAGUACCUCGGCAAGAAAUCGGUCGACCUGAAGCUGGAGCCACGGUAAAGAAACUCUUUGUGGGUGGCCUGAAAGAUGAUCAUGAAGAAGAAGAUCUUAGACAAUACUUUCAAAGUUAUGGAAGCAUAAACUCUAUCAGUAUAGUAACUGAUAAGGAGACUGGCAAAAAACGUGGCUUUGGCUUUGUGGAAUUUGAUGAUUAUGACCCUGUUGACAAAAUCUGUCUACAGCGUAAUCAUCAGAUACGUGGCAAGCAUGUUGAUGUAAAAAAGGCUUUAAGUAGAGCCGAAAUGGCGUCUGCUUCCGGCGGCGGUGGCGGCGGUGGCGGCGGCAAUCGUGGCGGGCAAGGUGUAGGUAGAGGACCACGAGGUGGUAACCAGGGUGGUGGUAAUUGGGGCGGACGCGGCAGUGGCGGUGGUGGUGGCGAUUGGAACAACGGCGGCAAUCAAGGUGGAUACGGUGGAGGUAAUCAAGGUGGCUGGGGUGGUAAUGGACCAUGGGAGAAUCAAAAUCAAGGUAAAGGAGGCGGAUGGAACCAGGGGGGACAAGGCGGUUACAACAGCGGCGGAAACUGGAGCAAUGAUAACUUUGGCGGUGGCUACCAGCAAGGUUACGGUGGCGGUCCCGUGCGCAAUAACUUCAACUCUGGCGGCAGACCAGCACCCUACGGUAUUAAUUCGGGUCCUAGCGGCCGACAGUCCGGUCCUAUGGGCGGCGGAAAUUCAGGUGGCGGUGGUGGAUACGGGAAUCAGGGCGGUUACGGCAGUAAUUCUCUCGGAGGCGGAAACAUGGGUGGAGGUGGAGGGGGAGGCGGCAGUGGAAGGAGAUAUUAGAAAAAUGCGACAUACCCUUCUCUCACAUGAUAUCUAAUUAUAAUUUAUUGAGGACCAAAAUUGAGGGACACAAUGAUUGUCUUCUUACCAUUGUGAUAUUUUACGGCUUGUGCAAACACAAUGCGGUUAGAACAUAAUUACAUCUAGCAAUUGUUGCAUCUCUAUAUUUAUUAUCUUCUUUUUUUAACAUAGUCAGAAUCUUGAUUUAAUUACUUCACAGCAAAUUACUUCAAGCAAUCAAAUUUUUCGCGAUUAACACACAUUUCUGAGCAAAGUUUAAAAGUGUAGAAUAGAGAACUACUAGCUUAGGCGAAGAUAGCGAAACAACAGUCUAUUUCUACUUUGUAUAUUAUUCUUAUAUUUUUUGAAUGAAUGCAAUUUACUCGAAAACACUUUAUAUUUUAUUUUAUAUGCGUAUAUAAAUAAGCGGAAUGACGAUUUCAUUGCGUCCAUAAAAAGUGAUAAGGGAUUUUUUUACAAACAAUUAGCAUCAAGUGUACGUAAUUUUGUAUCUGUGUAUUAGGAUCUCUGAGAGGGUCUACAGGGUCAAGGAUUUGAAAAUCUUAAGAUACCAAGGAUUCAAGUAUUUAAAUUGCAGUCUGGAAAUUUAAGAUUUCUGUCUUUUGAAUUUGUAGAACACACUUUGGCAAUUAGACAGCAGCUUGACAAUUUUUUAUUCUUUGAAAUUUACAAUCCAAGUUUAAAUAUGUAAAAAAUAUGUAAAAAAGUUAUUAUAUUAAAUGUAAUAUUACAUUUUCCAUGUGAUUACAUUCAAAUAUCUGAAAUUUUUUUAAAUUAUAGAAAUUUAAAUGUUUGAAGGACAGAUAGUUCAAAGAUAUGUACAAAAAAUCAAGGUUUUAUGACUGUCAGACGAUUUGUUAGAAUACACCUAUGAAUCGUGGAACAUAAAAAUUUAUGCAUCUAUGGAUCUAAAAAGCUUGAAAGUCUAGAAAGUAAAGGCUAAAAAAGCAACGGAUUUCGCAAGAUUUUUCACAGAGAAACUUUAAGGAAUUUUAAUAGGUCUUAUAUAGUCGCAAGUUAUAUAAGUAAAGAUAAGCAUUAAGACUGCGGAUUUAGGAGUUUCUAACAACCAGACAGGAGACGCCUUUAUACAAAUUUAAAGACCUAAACAAAUCCGACGUUUCGGGAAUCCCUGGCUCGCGCGACCCGAUCGGUCCUUUUCACAGGCUAGUAGGGAGCUUGACUAACAGAUUUCUUAACUGUUGAACCUCAGGUGAAACUACUACUUCUACUACUUGUUGCCUCUAGUCGCCAAUACUUCUGUACUGUUUAGUAUCGGUGCAGGCAGGCAGGCAGACAGGCAGACAAACACGCAGACAGACAAACUUGCAGGCAGGCAGGCUAUCAGGCUAGAGAGGCAAGGCGACGAACAGGCAGGAAGUCAGAGACAUUCAGGCAGGCAGGCAGGACAAUCAGGCCAGAAAAAGAAGGAAAAAAGUCAUCUAAAUGUUAGCACAUGAUGAGAGAGGCUAUGUCUGUUACUUUUCUUUUUCAUUCAUUUCGUCUUUUUUUAAGUAUCGUAUUUUUCCAUCGCUUAUAUCCUCUUAUCGUAAAAACUGUCACUAUUUCCAAAAUGUACUUGUACGUUCUUCGCAAGAACUUGCACAUAAAUAUUGACCAGGCAGGGAAGAAGACUUUAUACAUAGGAAGAUUAUUACAUUAGGAAGGAUAAGAGACAGGGAGAGAAAAUGUGUGUGCGUGUAUGGCGAUAAAAAAAUCAUUCAUGAGAUAACUAAUUAGGAUAGAUCAAUGAUUCUAUAAAGCUGUAUAAGUGUUUAAGAGUUAGUCGACAAAAUAAAAUUGACCAGAAACCUU